UUGGCAACGAUGAGGCCAGAAAAUAUGGAAUACUUCAGGACUAUGCUUACUGAGAAAGAAAUUUACUUCUUCAGCAACUUUAAGUUGUUCCCUAUCAGGCCUAGCUAUCAUCCAUGUCCAGGUGACUAUAUGAUAAAAUUUGACAGGAAUACAAAGAUUGAAAAGGCUACACAGACUGCCAAUAUUAUCCCACUCGAGAAGUUUCAUUUUGUUGAUUAUGCUGAAAUGCAAGGCAGAGUUCGAAAUAAAGUGCAGCUAACAGAUAUGAUAGGGCAGAUUGUCAAUGCUGGACAUCUGAAUGAGAUAUAUGCCAAUAACAAAACAGUGAGGCUCCGUAAGUUGGACUUCCAGGAUGAGAUGAUGAAUGUCAUAUCAGUUACACUAUGGGGAGAUUUGGCAAUAGAUUUUGAUGGUCAGAAAAUCCUUGAGGAUGCUAAAAACAAGCCAGUGAUCAUAAUCUGCGCAGCGAUGAUGGUUUCAACAUUCUCAGGAAAAAAUAUCUUGAGUAGUAUAUCUUCUUCAAAGGUAUAUCUCAAUCUGGAUAUUCCAGAGGUUCAUCAGUUAAGAGAAAGGAUAGUUCAACCUGUGGAUUUCAAGAUUCUACCAUCUAGCCUGGCUGUGCUGACAAAUUCAGAUGAUGAGAUGAAAAAAAAUAGGAAGAAGAUAGCUGAGUUAUUGUCAUUGAAUGUCGAGCAAGAUGCUCGCCAGAAGUUUACAUGCAUGGCAAGAAUUACAAGUAUUGACAUCAUUGAUGGCUGGUGGUAUCCUACAUGUCCAAAGUGUGGAGGUACAACGAAGCCAUGGAAACAUUCAAACUUAUGCUCUCUAUGUAGUGUUAUUGACGAGGCGCCAAUCCCAUGCUAUAUUCUGAACACCACUGCUGAAGAUGAGACCGGCCAAGCUCUAUUUACGAUUUUUGACCGCCUGGCAGAGAAGCUAAUUGGAGUUUCAGCAAGUACACUUACAUCUGCAAAUGGCUCCAAUCGAUAUGUCUUGCCACAAAUGAUCAAAGAUAUCUACCAUAAUUUACACACGUUCCAAGUAACAAUAAACACUAACAACAAGAAGAUGAAGUCCAUUUGUUUCAAAGUGACAAAAAUCUUCGAUGGUGCAGUGUUUGCUCAGGUUAAGGAGGAGAAGCAGCCUGGGAUUUUUGAGACAGUGAAGCCAAUCAUAACAGGCAACAAAAUAGAAGAUGUUCUAUCUCAGGAGUCAGCUUUCUCAAACAGCCAGCCUGUGAAUGAAUUGUCAAGGUUGCAGGAUGACAUACAAGUCCAUACACCGCAAAAAUCAAGGUCAACCACUCCUAGGAAGGCGAAGAAAAACUUAACAACAAUCCAUCUUGAUGAAUCAAACUCUGAUGAUGAGCCUAUAUCUGUGUUAUUCCAAAGAAGUCUCAAGAGAAAUAAAAGGGAAAUUCUAACAAUAGAAGAGCCAGUGGACAAUAUAAAAAAACAAAGGAAUAGUGCUGUGCAAAAAAAGAAGAAAGGGAAAAAGCAAGCAAAAUGAAAAUCCUUUGAAGUUUUGGUAAGGCAAUGCACAGUUUCAAUCAAGGUUGAUUGGCUGUGAUAAAUUUUGGUAUGCUUAAUUUGGAUCUCUGCUGCUACUUCUUAUAUCUGAUGCAGCCUUAUAUGUAAGAUCCUUUGAUGAUGCCAUCAGCAUUUUUGUCAGGCAUCCAGUAGUUCCAAUGAAGAAUGAGUGGCUGUAAUAUAUUUUGCCACACCUAUUUUGAUCUCUGUUGCGCCUGUUUAUCUCUAAUGCAGCCUUAAAUGUAAAGUCCUUUGAUAAUGCCAUCACAGUUGUUGCUAGGCGUUCAAGACUUUUAAUCACAGGGGAAUGAUUAUCAUAUAUUUUGUCAUACUUAUUUUGGAUAAUUCCUUCCCCUGCUCAUGUCAUGCAAAAUUCUAUGUAAAUGUUUUUCGCA